AUACAAGCAGCACGGACACCACGGAGACAGCAGCAGGCAGGACAGGAACUCAAGCGCCAGGCAGGAUCUGGGGACAGGCAGAGGCUGUCUCCGCCUCCUUUCCUUCCUCCUCUGCCCUCCCAACCCGGCCAGCAUCCCCCACCCGCCUGGGGCCCGUGGAGCAGAAGCCACAGUCACUUCCUGAAGGCAGCAGCCCAGCUCAGGUCCCACUUGCCCUGUGGCCCAUCACCCGCCUGCAGCCAUGGGGAGCCAUCAGGACUUCCGGAGCCUUCAAGCCAAGUUCCAGGCCUCUCAGCUCGACACCAGUGAACACCCCAAAAAACCCCCAAAGCCUGAGUUCAACAAACUUCUAAAGAAGUUUCCACCACCUGAGCCAAGCGAGCAUCCCAAGAAGCCCCCGCAGCCCAGCUGUAACGAUCUGCCUAUGAAGCCCGCCGGACCCGAGCCGAAGGAGCCCUCCAAGAAGCUCCCACAGCUCAACGCCCCUCAGAAAGCUUUGCAGCCUGAGCCUGGCCAUCCAGCCAGGCCCCCCCGAGAGCCCAAACCCAGUGCCCUCCCCAAGAAGCUCCAGCAGCCUGAGCCCAAUGAGGCCACCCCAGACCCCUCACAGCCUGACUUCGGUACCUUUCCCAAGAAGCCCCCGCCGCCUGAGUUCAGUGUGCACCCCAGAAAGCCCCCGCAGCCUCAGGUCGGUGGCCUCCCUAAGAAACCCCUGCCACAGCCCGAGACCAGUGAGGUCCCUCAGACGCCCCCCUGGAAGCCUGAGCCCAAAGAGCUCCACCCCUACUCCUCACAGCCAGACCUCAGUACCCUUCCCAAGAAGCCCCCGCCGCCCGAGUUCAGUGUGCACCCCAGAAAGCCCCCGCAGCCUCAGGUCGGUGGCCUCCCUAGGAAAUCCCUGCCACAGCCAGAGACCAGUGAGGUCCCUCAGACGCCCCCCUGGAAGCCCGAGUCCAGUGAACCCCACCCCCACCCCUCGAAGCCUGAUUUCAGUACAUUUCCCCAAAAGAUCCCAGCCCCUCAGCUGAAUGACUUCCCCAAGAAACUCCUGCACCCUGAUUUUGGUGACCUCACCAGGAGGUCCUCAGAGCCUGAAGUCAGUGUGUUUCCCAAGCGGCCACGGCAGCCUGAAUGCAAAGUGCCCUCCAAGAAGCCAGAGCUGGAGAUCCUCCCCAGGGUGUCCUCAGAGCCCGAGUUUGGCCUGCUCCCCAGCAAGUUUCUGCAGCCUGAGUGCCAGCCCCACCGAAAGUUCUCGCAGCCUGAGUCCAGCGCUUUGCCCAAGAAGUACCUGCACACUGAGUUCCUUGGUGGUCUCCCUAAAAAGCCCCCCAUCCCCAGCUCUGUUUCAGAGAGCUCACUCCCCAGUGCGGUCACAGGCUCCCGCCCCAGGCUCCCACUCAGCCCUGGCUUUGGAGCCAGGGAGCAGAGAUCAGGAGCUCGCUCUCAUAGUGGAGGGUCGAGGCUGGGCCUCAAAUACGGCUACCCACCCCGGCGGAGGCCUCUGCCCUCGGUCAGCAGCCUGGGACCCCCUCCAGCCAAGCCCCCGCUGCCCCCUGGCCUCAGGGAUGUCCAGAGCUUCUGGAAAGCCACAGCCACAGCCACAGGUGGGUCACGGCAAACCAGGCAGAGAGCUGGGGAAGAGGCUCCCUGGCAGGGCCUGCCUCCCUCCCGCUCUCAUCCCUCCACAGCUCUGAGGAGGACCGGUUCUCCUGGGAUCCACAUCCAGGCCCAACAGACUGAAGACAUCUGGCAGUAUUCCUCCAGGGACCAGGAAGAGGCCUAUGAGCUGUAUGACGACGUGGAGCCCACGGACGACUCCAGCCCCAGCCACAAGGGCAGAGGUGGAGAGCGGGGUAAUGGCAAAGCAGACAUGUCUCCAGCCCAGCUGCAGGGUUAACGCCUUCACCAAUUUUGAAUGGGGGAAAAAGGGACUUGCAUGCAAGCCCUGUAGGUGAGGGUCACUGAACACGCACAACCGCCCGCCCCCACGGCGACAGCAUGCCCUACAGACAAAGUGAAAGCCUGAGGACCCGAGAAGCAACCUGCCCCAGUCCAUACCGCCAGCACAAGGGAGCCCAGGCCCUGUGCUCCCAGACUGUUUCCUGCACUCUCUGGAAGGAGAGUUCUUCCUACAGGAGAACCUUAAUUAUCAAGGGUGCUUUGGGAUGCUCCCCCUUCCCCCCUCCCCUCCUGCACCAGGUGUGCUGCCUCUACUACUCUUCCCUGAGCCCCUUCUGCUUCUCCGGGGCGUUCUUCAGGGGCUACUUGCAACACCCUCCGUUAGCAGAGCUUCCUGGCAGGGCUCCUUCUGCUUCCGCUCUGGUGAGGCUCUUGUGGCUGGGAUCUGGGGGCCGCUCUUGGGGUCACAGACAUGGGGAAAGGGAGUAAUUGGCCAUUCUUCUUCCAGCAGCCUUGCAGGCAUGGCCCACCCCUUCCCCAAUCCCAAACAGACCAGGAACCCACCUCUGCUCACUGUCCCUGCCUGUGGACAAUCGUCUCCCCAUUCCACGCCGGUCAUUCUGCAAGCCUCCAAUCAAAUAGACCUCUCAAAUCUCUCCCUUCUUGAAACACUACGUGUGGGCCCUCGCUGGUAGUAUAGAUUGUCCAAAGGCUACUUUGCCCUUUUCAAGUCUAGCCACUCAUUCGGCCCCACUUUGGAGUGGUAGCAGGCCCGCUGCAGAGGUUCCUCACACCGCUGGGGGCUGCCCUGGAGGCCCUGGGGCCUAUAGACCUAGCUCUUUCCCAGGAUCUCAACAGGUCCCCCUCAGAGCCCGCCUUACCGGCGUGACCUGAUCAGUCACACUGCCAGAAGUCUGGGCUGCAGGUGUGCCAAGUCUGCACUGCACCGGUUUUGCAGGGGCCCUGGGAUGCCUCUGGGAGAAGGGGGAGCAGCGGGAGAUAGUGUCCUGGGUAAGACUGUAGAUGGCUUCAUCAUCUGAGCACUAGGCCAAGGCUGGAGUCUGGAGCAAAAAGCUGGCGGCUUCAGAUUCUGGAUCCUUCUUCACUCCACUGGUAUUCAUGAGGCUCUUGCCAUAAGCCAAACCCCUGGCCAGCAGGUUCCUCGCUGGAAGGCUGGCAGUUUGCCAGAAGUCAGCCCUCCCCGGGGUGUGGUGGGGGGCGCGCAGGGGUACCCUCCCAGUGUGGUCUCAGCAGCGGCCAGGCCAGUCCGGGAACACCCCCUUCAUCAUCCCCUUCUCAGAAGCCCACUUCAUUUGCUCUAGGAAAUGCUUUUGCCUUAUAUUUGACCCAGAUCCCAUGACAUUCCCAGAAGCCAACCUAGUUUUAGCAGACAGACAUGAAAUGGCCUCAAAAGCCUGCAAAUAAAUCCUGCCUUUAUCAUUUCCAGCCAAAUGACCUUGGAGCAGGAUUGCUUUACCCCUCAGAGCCUUUAUUUCCCUCAUCAGCAAGCUGGGAAUGACAGCACUGCCUCUGGUAGUAAGGUUGUUGUGACGGCUGAGAUGAGUUACUACAGUAAACAGUUUCUGCCGUUCCUUCAUGCAGUAGGAGUCCGGAAAACAAGAGGCAAUCCAUUAGAAUUCACAACCCAGGAGGCAGGCCUGGGG